AAGACUGCAUUAAAUUAAACGGCACGAGCCGCGUACUUCAGAUAGUACCUACACUUAUCGCAAAUCGUGUCAGUUGUGCAUAAUAUUAUAAUAUUUGAAGCAUGCGCAGAUCGGUAAACAUUAAACAGUCAGCGUAGUACCAUGGUAUGAUUUCAUUGCCAGAUCAGUAAUUUGCAGCAAGCUUCGUUAAUUUGGAAACCCUGUUAAAUUGCUUCUGCUUUGCUACUCCCAAGAGAUUUUUCCCAACAUGGAUAACCUGGCAACAAUCAUCGACAACGGAUCUAGUACUAUCAGAGCAGGAUUUGCUGGAGAUGAAGCGCCACAGCUCAGUUUCUCUACAGUAACCGGACGAACACGGUUUCCUGUGGACGAAUUAGACCAGCAGCUGUACGUUGGCGAUGAUGCACAAUCCAAGCGGGAUCUUUUAGCCAUUCAACACCCCAUUCACCGUGGCGAGAUCACCGACUGGGAAGCCAUGGAAGCUAUUUGGCAGCACACCUUCAACCUUCUCAACGCCAGACCGGAAGACCAUCCAGUCUGCCUAACAGCUGCGCCCCUCACUUCCCGUUAUGCCAAGGAAAAAAUGGCUCAGAUCAUGUGUGAAACUUUUCACGUUCCUGCGCUGCAUAUCGGUAACCAGGGCAUGCUGUCGCUGUACGCUUUUGGUCGCACCAGCGGCGUGAUCGUCGGAUCGGGCGACGGGAUAACUUUCUGUAUGCCGGUGCAUAAUGGGCAGGUUAUUCCGGAGGGCGUCGCCCGGUAUCGGAUUGCGGGAAGUGAUUUAACGCAGCAUCUAAAGAGUUUACUGACCGAGCAAGGAUAUGGAUUUCUUUCAACCGAGGAAGAAAUUGCGCGGGAUAUCAAAGAAAAGCACUGUUAUGUGGCGGCGAAUUUUAACGAGGAGAUGAGCACUUCCAAUCUAGCGCUGUCCAGCAUCGAGGCUGAUUAUGCGAUGCCUGAUGGGCGGAUCAUUCCUCUUCGGCAGGAACGUUUCGUUUGCCCGGAAGCUUUAUUUCAACCGUAUCUAUUAGGAGCGGAAACCAGUGGUAUCCAUAAGGUUAUCUACAAUUCCGUAAUGCAAUGCGAUGCUGCGUUACACGACGAACUUUUCGGUAAUAUCGUGUUGGCGGGUGGCAACACUACGUUACCGGGUUUCACCAAUCGUCUGCAGCGUGAGCUAACCGCACUGCGCAACGAAACAUCAACGGUUGUGUCGUCGGCGGAUGUCAAAGAGUAUGCGUGGGUGCAGAAGGCGGAAGCGAAGGCAGGAACCAACCCGAAGACGGUCCGCGUCAUUUCGCCUCCGGAGGCAAAGGAUUCCGCCUGGUUGGGUGGUGCACUGCUGUGUAGUGUUUCAGGGGAUGAGGCCAUGUGGUUGACCAAGGCCGAAUACGAAGAGGGCGGUCCCUCCGUUGUUCGGCACAAGUUCACGUGAUUUCGAUGUUUUGUCGGGAAAUUAAUUUGCGGUCCAUAUUAAAUUUGGCCUUCAGAAAAGUAAUACUAUUACUACCGU